AUGAAUCUUAGCCUGGUUCUAAGGAUUGCAGGACUGGUGAUGCUGGCAAAGUGUCUAGGAGUAUACCAAAUCGCCUUAUCGACAAUUCCAAAUUGGAAUCGCUUCGGUCUGGCAGAGUUGAAGACAUUUCUUGGAAUCCUGAAUCGUGAGGAAGCCGACUACCGACGACGAAUAGAACUCAAAUUUGAACUGCGCACGCGAGAAGUUCGCCGGUUGAUGGGUCUCAAACAACCACAACCUUCCCCCUCUCCGCAUGCUAAAGCCCCACCGACCCCUUCAGCGCCCUCACCCGCCAUUUCACCUACCACCUCACUUACAAGCUCUGCUAAACGGCCCACUGCUCCGCCCUGUCCGCUGUCCUCAUCCUUGUUCUCUUCUCCAUCGCACACCAUAGGCACCACGACCGAAUGUUCUGCCACUGACAAUCAGGCAACCUCUGUCUCUCAGCCCCAUGCCUCUAGUAUUCCAUGUCCCUCCGUUCGAGCGCCGCCACUUGGCUCCUCCAUAGUGACCAAAUCAGACUGCGAUGGCCAUAUAAUUACGCCCACAGCACCGACUUUAUCGACCUUUUCUAAACGAAUCAGCUCAGAGGAACUCGAUUUCGUCUUUUCCGCCAGCACUACCAGAACAGAUACCAACAAACUGGCCAUGGAGCUUUUAAAAGUAGUCUCAUGCAAAGAGCCAAGUGCCCCAACUAUGGCGUCUUCGGCUCCAGUUUCUCCUGACUCUUCGUUUUCUCGAUUUUCCGGGCUCAGGUCUGGAAACAGUUUUACGGAAAAAUCGACGCGAUCAGACACCCUUUCUAGUCGACUAGCCAAUCAGAUCACUGAAAUGAUCCGCGGCCCGCCCAGUGAUUCGACAUUGUCUACAUUUGGCUCAAAUCUCCACUCUGAAAACGAAAGCACAACUCCUGGACUUGCUUCCUCCACAGUCGUUUCCGCACCACCACUUACCCUGCCAAGCUAUGCUAUGGAUGAUCCGUCACUUCGG